AUGGUCGUCUCUGUUUCUAAUAUUGGCCAUGAUGGACACAUUAUCGUCUACAUGUCAGACCACGAUUGCCUGAUAAAGAAGCAAGGAAUCAAAGACUUGGGUGAGAACAAUGGAGUUGUGCACCAAAUUCAUGUCGACAUACCAAUCAGUGGUGUGAACACAGGGAAAAAAAUAUUUAUCACGUACCAGACUGCACGUUCUCGAACGCGACCGCCAACCUUGGCUACGGCCCCACCAACACCAAACAUUUCCGCUUGUUCUACGACUCAGACAACGACCGUCACAUGGGAAUUAGCGAAAAUUUGUCAUUUGCAUGUCAACUUCCCCACCAGAGAAAACAGGAUCCUCGACCUCAUCUUGGCGGAUGCGCCCUGCAUCUCUGACGUCGCCUCACACGCUCCCCUAUCAACUUCGGACCACAAUAUUAUUUCCUUCACAGUGUCCUCCCUUUGGCUGAAGAGUGAAAGCAUUCUGUACAGAGAUUUCAAAGGCCGCAGGACGCGCAGAAAAAAUAAAGCAUGA